UACUCACAAAGCUAAAUAACAAAAUGGCUCUCCGUAUUAUUUUUGUCAUCAUUGCCACAAUCGUCCUGGCUCAAGGAUCAAAUAUUUCGCCAGUUGCGCAGGAGAAUCUUGUGCGGGUUCAUCACUCUGGAGUGGUUUCAUCUGGAGCUCCUGCCGUUGGUGUUACCCGGGGCCGCCCAGCCGCUUCUCAGGCCCAGCGUCCUGCCUAUGGUCAUGGAUCCAUCUCUGGAUCUAUCGGUGGAUCUCGUCGAGUGGGCGAAGUUCCAGCGGCCGGAUCUCGUCCUCAUGGUGGUGCUCCUCGUCGUUCUUCUGCAAGCGGUUAUGGUCGUCCCAUCGGAGGUGGAGCUGCUCCAGGAAAUGUCCACCGCAACCGCAACCAGAAACCAUAUUAG